AUGGCGCCCACUAAAGCCGUUGCAUUUGAACCGUUGUAUGAAUCUCUUGAAGGAGUAGAGAGACUGGAGAAUUAUCGACCAGGAGGCUAUCACCCCGUCAAGAUUGGCGACCAGUUCCGAAGUCGCUAUCGCAUACUUCAUAAACUAGGCUAUGGCUCCUAUUCUACUACGUGGCUUGCUCACGAUGACGAAAACAGGAAAUAUGUCGCGAUCAAAGUCUGCACUGCAGAUUCAAAGUCACAGGAAUUUAAGAUUUUAUCAACCCUGGCUGGCUCUCAGCAUGCGUCUGUCAAAUGCUUGGGCGCAACAAUGAUCCCUUCGAUCAUAGAUAAAUUCAACAUCCAAGGCCCAAAUGGCAACCAUAGUUGCUAUGUGACCAUCCCAGCCAGAGCUAGUCUGGCUGAUGUAAAAGAUGGAUCCUGGAUCCGCUUGUUCCAGCCCCAUGUGGCCCGAAUAUUGGCUGCGCAACUGGCGACUGCUGUUGAGCACAUACAUGCUCGGGGUUACGUCCAUGGAGAUCUUCAUCUAGGCAAUAUUCUUCUUAAAAUGCCACCCGACUUCAGCCAAAUGUCGGUUGAAAGGUUAUACGCAGAGUACGGAGCACCGGAAUUGGACCCAGUGAUUCCAUUAGACGGGAAACCGCUUCCACCGGGUGUCCCCUCUCAUGGCAUUGCGCCAGCAUGGCUUGGGAAGGCUAGUGAGGAGAUUUCUUCUGCGGACGCCAGCAUUAUGCUCAGCGAUUUUGGCGAAGCCUUUGCACCUUCACAAGAACAGAAAUAUGAAUCCCAGACUCCCCUUGUAAUCCGUCCCCCAGAGGCACACUUUGAACCAAACAAACCUUUGUCCUUCCCGUCCGAUAUCUGGACGCUUGCAUGCUCUAUCUGGGCCAUCGUCGCCCAGAGGCCAUUAUUUGAAGGCUUUCUUGCUACGCAGGAUGAUAUGACCUGCGAACAUGUUGAUGCUCUUGGUAUUUUGCCACCCGAAUGGUGGGAGAAAUGGGAAGCACGACAGGAUAAAUUCACCGAGGAUGGUAGGCCGAUAAAUAGAAACCCCUUUCGAUCAUGGGAAACGCGCUUCGACGACAGUGUGCAGCAGCCGAGACGAGAGUGCGGGAUAGCACCGUUUGAUGAGGAGGAAAAGCAUGCCAUUUCUUCGAUGCUGCGAUCUAUGCUCUCAUUUAGACCUGAGGAUCGACCUACUGCUAAGCACGUCCUCGAGUCCUCUUGGAUGGUGAAAUGGGCUCUGCCUGAAUAUUACAAGAGUAAAGAUACAUUCGAAGUAUAG